GUGGGGGCUGGAGAAGAAGCCAGCUCCACGUGCAGCUGCUGUGCGGAACCCCUUGACUCUUCAGGUCUCAGUGACCAGGCUCCAGUAGGUACAGAAUGCAACUGCUCUCCUUCUCCCAGUCACUUCCUGCCUUGUGACCACACACUUGGGUUGACAAAGUUGUUCUGCAGAUCAGAAGGAAGGGGGUUUUGGUCACACACCAGUACCACUGAAGACCGUUUUUCCACAAGAUCUGUUGUCUUAACAAACAAUAAUAAUUAAAAAAAAUGGCUAGAGGUUCUGUAUCCGAUGAAGAAAUGAUGGAGCUUAGAGAAGCUUUUGCCAAAGUUGAUACCGAUGGCAGUGGGUACAUCAGCUGCAAUGAGCUGAAUGACUUAUUCAAGGCUGCUUGUUUGCCUCUGCCUGGGUACCGAGUAAGAGAAAUUACAGAAAACCUGAUGGCUACAGGUGACCUGGACAAGGAUGGGAAGCUCAGCUUUGAUGAGUUUAUCAAGGUUAUUCAUGGCCUCAAAAGCUCAGAUGUUGCCAAGACCUUUAGAAAAGCAAUUAAUAAGAAGGAAGGUAUUUGUGCAAUUGGUGGAACAUCUGAGCAAUCUAGCAUUGGCACCCAGCAUUCCUAUUCAGAGGAAGAGAAGUAUGCUUUUGUCAACUGGAUAAACAAAGCCUUGGAAAAUGAUCCUGAUUGCCAACAUGUGGUCCCUAUGAAUCCAAACACAGAUGACCUCUUCAAUGCUGUGGGGGAUGGCAUUGUACUUUGUAAAAUGGUCAACCUAUCAGUACCAGACACAAUUGAUGAAAGGACAAUCAACAAAAAGAAACUCACCCCUUUCACCAUUCAGGAAAAUUUGAACCUGGCUUUGAACUCUGCCUCAGCUAUUGGAUGCCACGUGGUUAACAUAGGCGCUGAGGACUUGAAGGAGGGCAAGCCUUAUCUGGUGCUAGGACUUCUGUGGCAAGUUAUCAAAAUUGGCUUGUUUGCUGACAUUGAGCUAAGCAGAAAUGAAGCUCUGAUUGCCCUUCUGAGAGAAGGGGAGAGCCUGGAGGAUUUGAUGAAGUUGUCCCCUGAGGAGCUCCUGCUGAGAUGGGCUAAUUACCACCUGGAAAACUCUGGCUGCAACAAGAUCACCAAUUUCAGUACUGAUAUCAAGGAUUCGAGGGCUUAUUACCACCUGCUUGAACAGGUGGCUCCAAAAGGAGAUGAAGAAGGUAUCCCUGCGGUUCUUAUUGACAUGUCAGGACUAAGGGAGAAGGAUGACAUCCAGAGGGCAGAGUGCAUGUUGCAGCAAGCAGAGAAGCUGGGCUGCCGGCAGUUUGUCACAGCCACCGACGUCGUCCGGGGGAACCCCAAGUUGAACUUGGCUUUCAUUGCCAACCUGUUUAACAGAUACCCUGCUCUCCACAAACCAGAGAACCAGGACAUCGACUGGGGGGCACUUGAAGGUGAGACGAGAGAAGAGCGAACGUUUAGGAACUGGAUGAACUCUUUGGGCGUUAACCCUCGAGUCAAUCAUUUGUACAGUGACUUAUCAGAUGCUCUGGUCAUCUUCCAACUCUAUGAAAAGAUUAAAGUCCCUGUUGACUGGAACAGAGUAAACAAACCACCAUACCCCAAACUAGGGGGCAAUAUGAAGAAGCUUGAGAACUGUAACUAUGCAGUGGAACUGGGGAAGAACCAAGCUAAGUUUUCUCUGGUUGGCAUUGGUGGACAAGAUCUCAAUGAAGGAAACAGAACUCUCACAUUGGCCUUGGUCUGGCAGCUGAUGAGAAGGUACACACUGAAUAUUCUUGAAGACAUUGGAGGUGGGCAGAAGGUCAACGAUGACAUAAUUGUCAAUUGGGUGAAUGAAACAUUGAAGGAAGCAGGGAAAAGUUCAUCCAUCUCCAGUUUCAAGGACCCAAAGAUUAGUACAAGUUUGCCAGUCCUGGAUCUCAUUGAUGCCAUUCAGCCAGGUUCCAUUAACUAUGACCUUCUGAAGACAGAAAGCCUGAAUGAUGACGAGAAACUCAACAAUGCAAAAUAUGCCAUUUCUAUGGCCCGAAAAAUUGGAGCAAGAGUGUAUGCCCUUCCAGAAGACCUGGUUGAAGUGAACCCCAAAAUGGUCAUGACAGUGUUUGCCUGCCUCAUGGGGAAAGGAAUGAAGAGGGUGUAAGGUGCAGUGAGGUGGAAGCAGAGGCGGCACACUCAUUCCUCACUGCUCAUGACCGAAUGCCUACAGGAAGCACAGGGACAAUUCAAACUACCCCAAGGCUUUCAGCUUGGAGGCAUUAUAUAAGAUCCCCAAAAGUAUAUAUUUGUUCAGCCAAGUCGCCUCUCCUGUAUUUAACACAAAAGGAAAAAGAUUGCUUCAUCCUUUGCAAAAGACCUAGUCUCUUACAAAUAUUUUUUAACAUUGAAUUUAUUACUUCAUUGAAAAACUAGAGGGGAAAAAAAAGGAGUUUAUUUUCCAGGCAUCUUUUCUGCUUUUGGCUAUUAGUCAAGAAUAGAAGCUGCAGUGUUACAUUUUUGUUUUUUUUAAAAAAAAACAUACCCUCCAAAAUCAGUGUAAUUUGACUGCCUUUUUGUCCAAGGUGAGGACCAACAGGGAGAAAUCAUUUCACUAGUCCUAAAGCCUGUUUCCAGAGACCAAUUUUGAUUGAUUAUAGGCCUGUUUUUCUGAUCCCUUUCUUCUGCAAUCUCUCCUUGUGCUUUUGCUAUCUACCUUCUCAGAACUGUCCCUGCCUUACCCACUUCUGCUGACCAUCGUUGUCUGUUGUCUCUGAGCUAACUAACAAAAUCUGUCAGAUUAUUGGGAGCCCAAGAGUCUCUGGUAACCUACAGAAGUAACUGUCUGAGUUUUUCCACAGAACUAGACUACCAGAAGUCAUCAGAUUUUUUUUUUCAGCCACAUUAGCAAGGAUUCUCUUUUUAAACCCCUGGAUGUGAAUUCAAAUCAAAUCUAACAUCUUGAAAUAUUGUGCCUUCAGAUAGUCUUAACCUUCGUCAGUUUAGAUUCCAGGAGGAUGUAAUUGAGCAAUGAGCCACUAGAGAGCAGUACGGAGACAUCAGGAAGCAACUUUUGAGGUGCUGGCUCCCUGUAUUUAGUGCCUGGUGUUCGACCUAGUUACUGUGGUACAGCUAAAUAUCUGACAGCAGGUCUGUUUUCAUUUGCUCUUAGACAGUAUAUGUGUUUGCCUACAGCCAUAUUGUUCAUGUUUACUUUUUUUUUUUUUUUUGGCACUGGAGGAGCUCUUUGUUAUGUCUCAACUCCCAGGGGAGCAAAUGUGCCAGUCAGCAGCAGCUUCUCCCACCCUCACAGACCACAUACACCUGCACUCAGCCAGGUUUCAAGCUGAAUAAGGACUGGCUGAGUUGCUUUACAAAGAGCUAAGUUAGCGGACAGCUAAAGAAUUCCAAGAAAGGAAAAAAAAAAAAAACUUACGGUGUAGAUUUUUGUGUUGCCCUAAUACUUAUAGUUUCCUAUGUGAGAACCUACCAAAGACUAAAAAAACAAACAAACAAAAACACAGUUUGAUGAACCAACACUAGACUUCCUCUGUUGUGGUGAAAGGGCUUGUCUGUGAGGUUUCUCCCCUACAGGUGGCAUGUAAUGGAACUUAGCCAUUUUUUCAAAAACAGUUGAAAUAAAUUGCCUAAUAUUUGUCUCUUCCUUGGCAAUGGGUUCAGGAGGCCAGCAUGUUGCUUCUCCUGAGCCAUAAGCUGUAUUUCUGCUGCAACUGAAUUGAACGGUGGUUGGUUUUGUCUUCAUCUGAGCUUAGUGUAAUCUCAGAUGAUUCUCCCCAUCUGCCUCCAGGAAGAAUGUUACUGCCUUAAUGGGAAAUGAAGCUAAAAUAAUGCUCCAGAUUUCUCCAAAUAUAAUUUUUCCAACCAU